AUGUCCAACCCCGGCAACGUCAUCGGCGGCCACAAGGCCAACCUCAACAACCCCAACACCUCGGACGAGGCCAAGCAGCACAGCAAGCAGGUCAUCGACGAGCACAUGCAGAGCGGCGAGAUGCCCCAGGCCGACCAGCACAAGAACCCUGGCAACGUUGCUGGCGGUUUGAAGGCGACGCUUAAUAAUCCGAAUGUCUCUGAUGAGGCGAAGCAGAGUGCGCAGGAGAGGCUUCAUGAUUUUUAG